GGGUCCGAUUUCUCUCUCUCUCUCUCUCUCUCUCUGUGUGACAUUGGAGGACUUUUGCAGGUGGCAUUUAGAACAAAGGUGUUCCACCCAAACAUAAACAGCAAUGGAAGCAUUUGCCUUGAUAUCUUGAAGGAGCAGUGGAGCCCUGCUCUAACUAUCUCGAAGGUGUUGCUUUCAAUCUGCUCUCUUUUGACGGACCCAAAUCCCGAUGAUCCAUUGGUGCCGGAGAUUGCUCACAUGUACAAGACGGACAGAAACAAGUACGAGACAACUGCGAGGAGCUGGACCCAGAAAUAUGCCAUGGGCUAAAGGAAACAUGGUAUGUGCGAUGGAGGGAAACCUAUUAUCUCUGAGUAUUUAGCCUUGUAGCCCCAAGGAUGAAAUGUUCUUCCAUCACUUGAAUCUUGACAUUGUCUACGCAAGAGGUCCAUUAGCCUAUAUUGGUUGAAAAAUGAAAGAAACACCGGCUAUUUUUUAAUCAAUUGUUUGUAAUUGUGAUAUUUGGAACAAUACGUGUUGCAUAGAACUAAUGAAACUAUCCUUGUUUAUUUUUCAGUUAAAAA